AUGUCGACGGGAGCGGGAGCGGAACCGGAGAUGGACGACGGUUACGGCUUUGACACGGUCUUCAACGUGGAGGCUUUCUCCGACAGGACGCUGCAGGUAGAGGUCGUCGGCCGCGACGACCACGCGCCUGGGUCCGGCCGCAAGCGCCGCCGCGAGGAGGACAAAGAAUAUGAUGGAGAACAUAUUGACUCGUUUUGUACUGUGAUGAGUACACCAGUUUUACGAGUGGAGACCAUAUAUGUGAGCUCGGCGAUUCUUGCUGCAAAAAGUAGUUUCUUUCGCAAGCUUUUCUCAAAUGGCAUGAAAGAAUCUGGUCAGAGAGAGGCAACAGUUAGACUUGCUGAUUCAGAGGAAAAGGCCUUCAUGGAGCUUUUACGCUUCAUGUACAUGGGAAAGUUGACACCAACAACUGAGCCCACUCAUCUGGUUGACAUCUUGAUGGCUGCUGACAAAUUUGAGGCCAUUUCUUGCAUGAAGCUUUGUGGUGAGCGGCUUAUCGACCUGCCUAUGACCCCAGAGUCUGCAGUGAUGUGCCUAAAUCUCCCGUGUUCUAUUUCAGUGCCAGCUGUCCUAACAGAGGCAGUCAUGAAAUUCCUUGCUGAACGGUACAAGGAAUUCCUGUCAACAGAGUCCCAAGAUGAACUGAUGAGGAUCCCUGGUGCUGGGAUUGAAGCCAUCCUAAGAAGGAAUAGCUUUGGGUUUGCAUCUGAAGUAGCUGUCUAUGACUUCGUGCUUAGGUGGACCUGUUAUCAGUGCCCAAAUUCAGAAGAAAUACGGAAGUUCUCGAGUAAUAUUUUACUUCCGGUUGUGCAACAAAUGCACAUGUUGACCAAUGCCUUUGCAAUGUUCACCAACGCCAUUGCAGUUGAUCAUCCGUCUGGUAUAAUUAACUUCACUAUAAAUCGUGAGAAGUGCUUCAGUCUCUUCCCAUCAGGAUCAAUGAAUUCGCUGCCGUUCCACUGCGGGGACCAUGUCUUCUAUCUCUCGGCAUGCUGUGCUAUGAAGGAGCAGCUCCAAUAUUUUUACCUUGGAAUACAAGUGCUAACAUAUACCAAGGGGGCAGCAAGGGGGGCAAUAGAUUAUAAGUUUGAGGCAAAGAGAACACCGUCGCUGGAGUUUGUCACCAUGUUUAGUCGCACCAUCAACUCCGAUAGCAGGGUAGCUGUUCGAUGCAAGUUUCUUUGGUCGCAGUUCAUUGCUGACAACAACCCGUUCUUCGUUGAGGACAAACUCCAUUUGCGAGUCCAUGUGACCACAAAACCGCUGCAGCCAUAG